AUGGCUGCCUCUGCGGAUGCCUUGACUCGUCUUGGUACUACAUCGUCGCUGUUCCGCAGCCCCCGUUCACCUCGUGUGGCUGACAGUGCUGCGCCCGCCCGGGGGGGGGGGGGGGGGGGGGACGACGUCAUCGCACCUCAGGCUGGAACUGGUCUCCUCGGGAAGACCGCCACCCUUGACGUUUGUGCCUAUGAUCAGCACCGACAUGGCAUCUGGCGUCUUCCAGCAUGCUGGAUAUCCACCUGUAUUUUACCCCAACUGACGUACACACCCACUCUCUUUCUCUGCCACGGUGUCUCGUCGGUCCCACAUCGCUCGUCAACCACCCUCAAGGGACUCGCCGCCAAACUCGCCGCCUCGGGAUCAGGCACAACCGGAGGAGCUGCCCCUCCCUCAGCCCAAUACGGUGCACCCCAACAACAGUACGGUGCGCCUCCCCAACAACAACAAUACGGCGCGCCUCAGCAACAACAGGCUCCCGCGUAUGGUGCACCUCCGGGAAGUGGAACGCCGGCUUAUGGAUCACAGCAGAAACCGGCGGGUAAUACGUAUGCUCCUCCUCCGGGUCCGCCACCUCCAAGUGGGAAUCGACGUGAGUCAACCGGAGAAAUGGAUAGUACGGUAGGGAUCAGCAAGAGCUGAUAAAGCGAGGGAUUGAAUACAGCUACGAGUUACGGCGCUGCUCCUCCACAGGGACAAUACGGUCAGCCCCAGCAAGGACAGUACGGCCAACCUCAACAGGGUCAAUAUGGCCAGCAGCAGCAAUAUGGUCAGCCCCAGCAAGGUUAGUCCAAAAUCGUCGAGAGUUUCCCUUUGGUAAGGCAUUGUCUGGGUACUGAUUUGCCCUUUGUUUUGGUGCGGGCAGGUUACGGACAGCAGCCUCAGUACGGUCAACCCCCUCAAGGUGAGUUCCUUAUCAAACAAGUUCCGAGUUUUGAAACGAUCAAGCUAAUCUGAUUUCGAGUUGAAACAGGCUAUGGUCAGCAACCUCAGUACGGCCAACCUCACCAGCAGCAGGAGCAGCAGCAGCAGCAGCAGCAGCACCACGGGGGUGCAGCCCCAGGCGGCGGGCCGGACGCCAACGCUAUCCUUGCCACCUUGCGUCAAUGCGUCGUCGAUCAAAAGAUCACGGCCUUCUACCCUCCCGGCUCGCUCGAGCCCAUCGCUGCCAAGAUCGCCCAAUCCGGUGCCCUGCCCCGUCUAGCUAGCGAAUGGAACAUCCCCAUGGAAGUCGCGAUCGAUACGGCCAAGUUGGCGCUCUUUGACACGGUUCUGUACUGUGACGAUUCGGGAUCGAUGGCGUUCGAGGAAGGCGGAACGAGGAUCGACGAUCUCAAGGUCGUCAUCUCACGUUGUGCAUACGCGACGAGCUUGUUCGAUUUCGAUGGUAUCCAAGUCCGCUUCAUGAAGUCAGUCCUGCGUUCGUGGCAUGAUCGGUAGCAUCCGUUCUGAUUGAUACUGAUCCACACCUCGAACACACCUGACAGUUCACGCGUCGAAGGCAAUGGCAUCAACUCGGAAUCCGGCGCGAUGCAGCUGAUCGAAAACGUCAAGUUCAGCGGCCUCACUCCCCUCGGCCAAGCGUUGGACGAAAAAGUCUUGCAACCCCUCGUACUCGGACCCGCGCGGGCAGGUCGUCUCCAGAAACCCGUCGUCGUCAUCGCCGUCACCGAUGGAAUCCCUUCGGAGCCGAGGGACAACAUCACGAGGGUCAUCAUCAAUGCGAAUAGGGAGUUGGCGAGGACGAGAUAUGGACCGGAUGCGAUCUCGUAUCAGUUCGCGCAGGUUGGGAAUGAUCAGAAGGCCAGGGCGUUCUUGGAGGAAUUGGACAAGGUCAGUCGCGACUGGGCAUGAUAAACUUUCGGAAGCGUCGAGUUGCUGACUGAGAAGGGUUUGCUACCCUCAUUUGCGAAACAGCACCCCGAGAUUGGUGAUUUGAUCGAUACGACCAGCAACUACGAGAACGAAGCCGACGAUUUCGCGCGCAACAACGCCGGUGUCGAGUUGACGCCUUCGUUGUGGUGAGUCUGUUCGGCCGGCUUCAAUGAGGCUCUCUAAGGUAGUGGAACUGACUUUUAGCCUCGGUAAAUCUUACGCCCGACUCACACAGGCUCGUCAAGUUGUUGCUCGGUCCUAUUGAUUCGUCGUACGAUACCAAGGAUGAGUAA